AUGAAGUUCUUUUGGAUUUCUAUCUCUUGGUUUCUGCAGAUUCCACUUCUUGCGUGCUCUUACAGAAGCAGUGAGUGCUUAGUCAGGAUGAACUACCAUUUAAAGGGUGAUGGAAAUGUGGUGAUUGUUGGAUUUUUCCCUGCUUAUACUGCCUACCCACUCAACAAAACAACUGAUUGGAGGAUGACUAAAUUUACCAACGAGCUUAUGAUUGAGUUUAAGUUGAGGAACUAUCAAUGUAUUUUGGCCAUGUUGUUUGCCAUUGAGGAGAUCAACAACAACCCCUAUAUUUUACCCAACACAUCCCUGGGAUUUGAGAUCCACAAUGUACCACACGGACAAAGGAACAUUUUAGCCAAUCUUUUUGGCUCACUGGCAGGGUCUAGUCAUGCCAAUCCUAACUACAGAAAUGCAAGAGAGAACAAUUUAGCUGCUGUACUUACAGGACCAUCAUGGGCAAUAUCUGAAAACUUAGGGACAUUGCUGGAUCUUUACAAAUUUCCACAGCUUACUUUUGGGCCUUUUGAUAGUCUCCUGAGUGAACAAAGACAGUUUUCCUCUCUGUACCANGUGGCACCCAAGGACACAUCUCUGACUUCUGGCAUUGUAUCUUUGAUGCUUCAUUUCCACUGGACCUGGGUGGGGUUAUUAAUCAUAGAUGAUGACAAAGGUGCCCAGAUUCUGUCAGAUUUGAGAAGUGAGAUGGAUAAAAAUGGAGUCUGCAUAGCAUUUGUGGAAAUGAUCCUAGUCANCAGGGGUUCAUUUUUUACCAAANNCUGGAAANAUCAGGCACAGAUCCUGGAAUCAUCAUCAAAUGUGAUUAUUAUUUAUGGGGACUCUGAUUCUCUAUUGAGCUUAAUAGUGAAUAUAAAGCAGAAGUUACUUAUGUGGAAAGUCUGGGUCCUGAACUCACACUGGGAUGAUUCCAAAUUUGAUGAUUAUUUCAUGAUAGAUUCAUUGCAUGGGGCUCUUAUUUUUUCACACCACAAUGAGGAAAUUAUUAAUUUUANAGAUUUUAUCCAGACAGCCAAUCCUUCCAAAUACCCAGAAGAUAUUUAUCUUCAUGUAUUGUGGCACUCAUUCUUCAAUUGCUCAUUUUUUAGAAAAAAUUGUAAAAUUGCNCAAAACUGUUUGCCUAAUGCCUCCUUGGGAUUCUUGCCUGGGAACAUAUUUGACAUGGCCAUGAGUGAAGAGAGUUACAAUGUAUACAAUGCUGUGUAUGCUGUGGCCCACAGUCUUCAUGAGAUGAUUUUCAAUCAAUUUCAAACUCAUGGAACAGAAAAGGAGAUGGCAUUCUUCCCCUGGCAACUUCACCCUUUUCUAAAGAAAAAACAACUCAUCAAUCAUGCUGUAGACAAUGUAGUUCUGGAUUGGAAAAGGAAAUCACAUUUACAGUAUGACAUUUUCAACUUUUGGAAUUUCCCAAAAGGUCUUGGGCUGAAUGUGAAAGUAGGAACAUUUUCUCCAAAUGCUCCAGAGGGCCAGACUAUCUCCAUAAUUCAUGACAUGAUACAAUGGGCCACCAGAUCAACAGAGAUUCCACAGUCUGUAUGCAGUGAGAGCUGUCAUCCUGGAUUCAGGAAAACCCACCAGGAGGACAAGGCUGCCUGUUGCUUUGACUGCACUCCUUGUUCAGAGAAUGAGAUCUCCAAUGAGACAG